CUGUUGCUGCAAAUCUUCAAGUUAAUUUAUGAAAUAUUGGAAGUAUUUUAGAAAGAUCCUAAAUAAAAAUAAUAUGGAUUGCAAUGAUCUGGAACCUGUUGAUAUGAUAGUUUAUAUAACCGAAGAGCUGCAAGCCCGCUACCAUAGUGCCAAAGAUGUAUCAUCGUAUGCUCACAUUUUUCAGGAUUUUUUAAGGCGUUGGGAAGCAGACAGUGCCCUAGAUGUUGUAAAAAAACAAAAAAUUGAGUUUGAAAAAGAUCUAGAUUGGUUUAAUGUAAAUCAACCUUUGACCUUGACAAGUUUGCACGGAAAAUUAGUAAUAUUGGAUUUUUUCACAUAUUGCUGUAUAAACUGUAUGCACGUAUUACCUGAACUGCGUAAGUUGGAAGAAUUAUAUCCCAUUGAACGGGGCUUAAUUGUUGUGGGAGUCCACAGCCCUAAAUUUGAAAAUGAAAAAGUAGCAAAUAAUAUUUUGGCUGCUGCUCAGCGUUACGGCAUCAAACACCCCAUAGUAAAUGAUGAACACAUGUCGUUAUGGCGUUGUAUAGGUAUAAAGUGUUGGCCUACCUUGUUGUUGUUAGCUCCUAGUGGAGCUCCUUUAUUGAUGCUUAUGGGUGAAGGCCACGGUCUAUUUCUGGAAUAUUUUGUUGGCGAAGCGUUGCGUUUUUUUGGUAAACGGGGGGAAUUGAAAAACUUUUUGUUACCUUUGAAGCCAUUGGAUUUACAACCAGCGUCAAAAUUAUGCUUUCCCUCUAAAAUUGCUAUUAGCGAUGAAGGCAACUUUGCUAUAGCUGACGCUGGCAACCACCGUGUAUUGGUGGUAAAUGCGUCUGGAGUUGUUCUACAUAAAAUAGGCAGUGGAAUGGUGGGUUUGAUUGAUGGCGAUUUCUUCACUUCGCGUUUCAAUUCACCCCAAGGAGUUGUUUUCUUAGAAAAUGAUGUUCUGAUUGUGGCGGAUACUGAAAAUCAUGCCUUACGUAAGGCUAGUUUAAAUACAGGUUUGGUGGAAACAUUGGUUGGUACGGGUGAGCAGGGACAUGAUCGUAUUGGCGGCAAAAUUGGACCUUUGCAAGACAUAUCUUCGCCUUGGGAUGUUGCCAUAUUUCGUACUCGCGAUAUGGACAUGUCAUUUCAUAUGGAUGAACAAAAUAUACCCGAAAAAAAUAUUGUACUUAUAGCGAUGGCUGGUACACAUCAAAUAUGGGGUUAUUUUGCUGAAGGUGUUAUUUGGUGGAAAUUUCGUAAAUUUGAACCGGGUACUUGUGUUUCGCUCAUUGGCAACGGGACAGAGGAGAACCGGAAUAAUUCUUACCCGCAAAACGCAGCCUUCUCUCAACCUUCGGGGUUAGCAAUGGCAAAAGAUUUUCUCUACAUAGCGGAUAGUGAGAGCUCAAGCAUACGUAAAGCGUCUAUGGUUGACGGAAAAGUUUUGCCCGUUGUGGGAGGCGAUCGCAACCCGCAGAAUCUUUUUGCUUUUGGCGAUGUGGACGGCAAACAGUAUGCAGCCAAAUUGCAACAUCCUCUAGCUGUGGCCUAUAACCACCGCAACGAUAAAGUUUAUGUGGCCGAUACUUACAAUCAUAAAAUAAAAAUCAUAAAUUUGCAAUCAAAUUCUAUUGAAACUUUACCCAUAAAAUCGUCGGAUGGUGUGAGUUUAGAAGAGUUUGGCGAACCUUCUGGCCUGUGCGUAGAUAGUCAAGGAGAAUUCAUUUUAGUCUCUGAUACUAACAACCACCGGAUCCUACGAGUUUGUUUGAAAAGUUUAAGGUCUGAAACUUUUUCUUUGAAUUUCAACUCUAUCAAUAAUAACACGGUCACAGAUGGUCCUUCGAAUUUUGCUCCGGAACUAAUUAAGAGUCUACCAUUAAGACUUUGCAAAAAACUGAGAUUACUCAUUAACAUUACGUUGGAUAAUCAAAUAAAAUUUACUGCAGAAGCGCCACAAAAAUGGUCGUUAAUAAGCGCUAAUAGUACCUUAAAAGCUCUACAAACCAGAGGCGAUGUGGAGAAUGGCAAAAUUGUGUUAAAUUUGCAACGGGUUGAAGGUGAUUUAUUAAAUCCGCCAAUAGAAAGUUUAAAAAUCCGAAUUUCGUUAAAUCUGUGCGACGCUAAAACAUGUUUAAUGAAAAGCUUUUCUGUAGUCUUAAAUGAUGAAGAGGAAAUUUUUCCGACGAAUGCCGAUAAUUCACUUAAUGAAGAAUGCCUUCGUGUUCAUAUUACGACCAACCACAUAAGCCUUACUUAAAAUUGUGUGAUUAAUCAUAGCGUUGUUAAUUUCUUUUUGUAGUAUUUCUUAAAAUAUUUUUUAUUUAUUCUUCAAGAUUUGUUGUAAUUUUUUUUAAUUAAGAAAAAAUCAUUUAAAAAGUAUAAAUAACCAAGUAAAAACAAAUCUGCAUUCUAUUAGCUGCUAACUUUUUACACCCACUUUCUUAGCCCUUUAAUA